AUGGAGCUUCUCUAUCUGCUCUGUUCAAUCCUCUCCACCUUCCUCACUUCCCUCACUCUCUCCCUCCUCCUCCCGCUCCGCACGCUCCUCCGCCGCCUCUCCCCCUCACGCGCCGCCUCUUCCUCCGUCUCCCUCUACCAAGGCACCGUCUUUCACCAGCGUCGCCGCCCCGUCCACCACUCCUUCCGCUACUCCGUCCGCUACGCCCUCAUCGACCUCGACGACGCCCCCCACGCGCUCCCCAACCACCUCUCCGCCGACGAGGCUCGCCGCAUUGCCGGCACCUCCGGCCGAACUUUGCUUUUGACGAUUCCGGAAAGCGUGGGGUAUGAGCAGAACCCGUUGAGCUUGUACUACUGCUAUGAUGAUCCGAUUUUGAAGAAAUGCAUUGCUGAGGUAACGAAUACGCCAUGGGGAGAAAGGGUGUUGUUUGUUUUCGAUCCAGAUUCUGAUUUAGUGGCUAAACCACUGCAUGUCAGUCCUUUUAUGGACAUGUUGGGGAAUUGGAGUAUCAAAGCAAAUGCUCCUGAUGAUACGCUGUUUGUUUCAAUUUCAGUUCAACACCCUGACCUCGGAAACUAUUUUACAGCUACCCUUAAAGCUAAUAGGGUACCCUCAUCAUUGGUGUCUGAUCAUGCACUGUUUUUCUGGUUGAUGCCACAUAAGGUUGCAGUGUGGAUAUAUUGGCAUGCCUUAAAACUGUGGUGGAAGAAUGUGGCAUUUGUCCAACACCCAAGGUAUACAAACCCUGCAUAUAGGGAUGAAGCUGUGGUUCGUAACCAGAAACUUCAGUGCUGUCCGGCUAUUCGAUUGAACAAAGAUAAACAUCAGCAACUUGAAGGAGGGAGUCAAGGAUGUAUGGUUAACAAAGAAAGUGAGCCUCGUUAUAUCAAAUGGAGAGAUGCUAAGUGGCCUUGGUCUUGACUCCGAAAUGGUAGGACUAUGUGUUUGUCAUGUAUGUUAAGAUUGUAUCAGGUUUUUUGUUUAGGCAAAGUCCAUUGAAAAUGCAGUGCACACUCAUUGAUUGAAUAACCGUAUGACAACUUGGUCUAUAGAUUAUACAAG